GAAAGGAAACGCGACGGCUUCCAGGGUUUGCGGUUUAAAGCGGAAAACAACUGGAAUUAGAAACGAUUCGGGCUUUUUCUCGCCCUGAACCAUAAAGAAUCGGAUUCUGAUCCGGCGUCGCGAGUCUCUCUUGAAUGCUCAGCUCACCGUUCCGACGCACAUCACCAUGAACCGGAACAAGCGUGAGAAGGAGUACUACAGCAUAGACGUGGGAGAUUCGACGUUCACCGUCCUGAAGCGCUACCAGAACCUGAGACCCAUCGGCUCCGGGGCGCAAGGCAUCGUGUGCUCGGCGUACGACCACAUCCUGGAGAGGAACGUGGCGAUUAAGAAGCUCAGUCGACCCUUUCAGAACCAGACCCAUGCCAAGCGGGCCUACAGAGAGCUGGUUCUCAUGAAGUGUGUCAACCACAAGAACAUCAUUGGACUCCUGAAUGUAUUCACGCUACAGAAGACGCUGGAAGAGUUUCAAGACGUUUACCUGGUGAUGGAGCUGAUGGAUGCCAACCUGUGCCAGGUCAUUCAGAUGGAGCUGGACCACGAGCGACUCUCCUACCUGCUGUACCAGAUGCUCUGUGGAAUCAAACAUCUACACGCUGCAGGCAUCAUACACAGGGACCUGAAGCCGAGCAACAUCGUGGUGAAGUCCGACUGCACCCUGAAGAUCCUGGACUUCGGCUUGGCUCGCACGGCCGCCACGGGCCUGCUGAUGACCCCCUACGUGGUCACGCGCUACUACCGCGCACCCGAGGUCAUCCUGGGCAUGGGUUACCAAGCCAACGUUGAUGUCUGGUCUGUUGGUUGCAUCAUGGCCGAAAUGGUCAGAGGCAGUGUGCUGUUCCCAGGCACUGAUCACAUCGACCAGUGGAACAAGGUGAUCGAGCAGCUGGGAACGCCGUCCCAGGAGUUCAUGAUGAAGCUGAACCAGUCGGUCAGGACGUACGUGGAGAACAGACCCCGAUACACAGGCUACAGUUUCGAGAAGCUCUUCCCGGACGUCCUCUUCCCUGCUGACUCUGAGCACAACAAACUCAAGGCGAGCCAGGCUCGAGACCUUCUGUCCAAAAUGCUGGUGAUAGACGCAUCCAAGCGGAUCUCGGUGGACGAGGCGCUCCAGCACCCCUACAUCAACGUGUGGUUCGACCCGAGCGAAGUCGAAGCGCCACCACCGCUGAUCACUGACAAGCAGCUGGACGAGAGGGAACACACCGUGGACGAGUGGAAAGAACUGAUACACAAGGAGGUGCUGGACUGGGAGGAGCGCUCGAAGAACGGUGUGAUCCGGGGUCAGCUAGCCUCACUAGCUCAGGUGCAGCAGUGACCGGCGAGCCCCAGCACGACCUUUCGUCCUUCACCUCCCCCAUGUCCGCGGUCGCAGCGCCGUCCACGGAGACGGAGAGCGACCCGGAGGCUUCGUCGCCCACCCCAAUCCCCACCCACCCUACCCACCCCCACCCCUCCGCGCGGCCGCCGGGCCAUCGCAGUUGACCAUCGCCCCCACCCUCCCCGUUCUCCUGUCCUUCCUCUUUCGGGAUCGGCGACCCAACGCAUCCGUUUCAGACUCGCUGUAGUUUUAUUUUUUCGGUCGGGGGGGGGGGAGAGGAUUAACGGGGAGGUUUUCACACCGAACCAGUGUUACUUUGGUCACGUUUUUUUUUUUUGGGGGGUUUUCGGGGAACUCGAUGUGGUGUCGGACUCCAGCUACAGGAGCUGCGUCCGCGUGAACUGGUCCGAGGUCUGUAAAGAUCGUUGGGUGACUGUUUUUAAGAAUGCCUUUUAUUUUUACGCUUGUGGUGAGCCGUGAUCGUUACAGUUUAGCGGCGCGGCGCGGUGAGGAGCGCGUCGGUUCGCUUGAGCAGAUAUUACUUCAACGUCUCGCAUAAAUCCGUGCUGCAGACUGACCAGGCCAAAGCGUUUAUUUAAUUUUACUAUUUUAAUUCAGACGCUUUUAGGGUCCUUAAGCUACUGAUUUCGUCCUGGGUUUUAUUUCUUCUGCUGCGUGACUUCGGGACGCGGUUUAAUCUGCUCGUUUUGCUAUGUGUUGAUUCAGACUGUACAGUUUUUAAGGGUAAAAUCUUUAAAGCAUUAAAGGGUAAUUUAAGGUU